GCAUGGCAACGGCUGGGCUCAGGCGCCUCUCAACACCCACGGAGCGUCUGCACCUCUCAUCAUGACGUCGCGCGGCAUGCAAGCCUGAUGCGAAGUUUGUUUUUCAACGACUGCGUCAAUAUAAGAAGAGACAGAGGGGCUUGGGUCGUGAAGUCAACUCGUUGAGCCCUUCAGGCUUCCAGUAUUUUGCAACGCUCAGUAAUCUACUACAAGUAGUCUGCAUCAAGCCAUGCCUUCUAUCAACGCGACUGUCUUCCAUGCGUAUGCGUACGGCACUGCGUUCUGGUAUGGCCUGCGUGGCUUGUGUCGAGUAUAUGACCCCGUCAUGGUCAUUGGCUGGUUCCGGCCACCCUCGCAACUCAAUCUCAAAGUCAACGACCUUGAAAAGUACAACGUGCGCACAGACGGCUGGUGUCUUGUUACCCUGGCUCUGAUUCUCGUUGGCCUGACCAAUGCCGUUCCUUUUACGGCCAAGUCUGCGAAGACGUUUUCUUCAGUCCAGUAUGCAAAGGCUAUUGUCGCUGCUACCAUUUUCCAUCAUGUCGCGACGGGUAUUGGCGCGUACCAGCAUUACAGAUUGCCCAGCCACUACAACACCAGCAUGGGAAUCGGUGUCUGGGGCAACGUUUGGCUGUCUUUGACUGGUCUGUUUACGCUGGCCAUGCUACAAAGCGAUGCAGGCGACAAGUCUGUUGAGCAGGUGGCUCGGAAAGUGAAAUAGCUAAACACCCCUUCAAACGAUUUGAAAUUGGCGAUGCGAUAAGGUUGGGUACUGUAGAUGUAGCUAAGCCAAGUACCUAAGUAGCACUCGCUAGAGGUGCUAAAAGUAGAAAAGGCGAGACAGCAAGAUGGGCAUACUUAAUGUGAGGAAGUUGACACAAUAAUAAAUUGAGGCAUACCAAGCAACAU